AUGGCAAGUGGAGACAAGAGGACUGUGCCCACUCAGACUUUUGGGAUUCAGAUGCCCCCCUCUGCUAGUCAUGCAGAGAAACUUGAGAAGUUUAAUGGAGCAAACUUCAAGAGUAAUGAAGAGAGUGAUAGGGAGACACUCAUGGCAGUGGAUGCAUGGAAUAAUUCCAAUUACUUACGUCAAAAUUAUGUUCUGAAUGGCUUGUCUGAUGCUCUGUAUGGUGUAUACUGUGGCACCAAGUCAGCUAAAGAGCUGUGGGAAACACUAGACAAGAAGUAUAAGACUAAGAAUGUGGAUUUAGGAAAGUUUAUUACAGGCCGAUUCUUAGACUACAUGAUGGUAGAUACGGAGCCAUUAAUGAAUCAGGCUUUUAUUGGCAAGCUUCGCAUUGAAGAUGACAAUAGAAAGUUUGAUAAGAGAGCUUCCAAGGCCGGAUUGAAGGCCAAUGUUGUGGAGCAUGGUCAGAGCUCCAAGAAUAAGAAGAAUAUUGGAAAAGCUUCCAAGUUGGGACCUAAAGGAGGAAUCUCCAAGAAGGCCAAGUUUCAAGGCAGGUGCUUUAACUAUGACAAGAUGGGUCAUAGAGCAAUGGAAUGUAGGCUGCCAAAGAGGAAGAGGAACCAGGCACAGGUGAUGGAGGACAUCACUAGAGAGAUUUAUGAGAUUGACCUUAAUGCUGUGAUAUCUGAGGUGAACUUGGUGGGAUCCAAUCCCAGAGAAUGGUGGGUAAAUACUAGUGCGACUCGCCAUGUAUGUUCAGAGGAGCUUGUUCACUUCCUUCGAACCAAAAAAGAAUGGGGAUAA